GUCCGUGCUGCUGUUUAUUUGAGAUUGUUAGUAGCUCUAGCUUUCGCUUUUCAGACAACUAUUUGAUGUGAUUUAAACAAUGGAGUCAAAGGCAACUGCUGGAAAUUCAGUGUGUCCGUCCAGUUCAAAAAUGCCCACUCAAACACAAGGUAGCUCACCGACAAACGACGAGCCUCAGACAUCCAAAACAGUCGUAGAUUCCCUGACGAUUAAAGAUCACACAAGCCAAUCAUUAGACGAGGCACUUCGCCCUAGCAAGGUUAGAAGUAAGAAAGUUUCGGAUAAGCAAGCGCCUGGUGUUACAGUUGCAGAUGCCGCAAACUCAGGCCAGAGCAGCUCCUCAGCCACUUCACCGUCUGCUGGGAAGAGAAAGAGCAAAUAUAAGUUGUGCGCCGGAGGUGAACCGGAUUGUGACGACGAGUCUUCUUUUGGCUCGGAAAGUUUCAACUCGUUUUACGGAUCGAGAAGCAGCGAGGACAGAAGAGAUUUCGUAGUGUGGGAGUUCCUCAAUGAGCAAGGUAUCUGGAAGCCGUAUGACCCUCUGAUCACGCGGCUGGUGGAGAAACAGCGAAGGAAGGUGGCGGUGGUGAAACUCAGAGAGGUGGAUGCGAAAAUGUGCAAUAUUGUGAUCGACUUCAAAGCCAUGCAGCAAAUAAGAAUGGACUCUGGGAGCAUGCGUCCCGUGAGGCGCACCCUCUACCCCUACGAUCACGUGACCCUAUCCCAGAAUGUGAUGUGGGACUGGUUGUGCGAGAGUGGUGCAUGGUCUAGGUAUGACGUGGACACUUGUGCGUACAUUGAGGUGGGGAGACUGCACAAGAAGAAGGUGGUGGAUCUGUACAAGAGCAGCUACCUCCCCUACGUCAUCAACCUCAACGGAAUGGUCCAGAUCAAAAAAGACUCGGGCUUCAGACGCAAGGUUCGCCGAACCGUGAUGACUAAUCAUUUCCCUCGCGACGGCGAAUAUCCCGCAACCGCAGCUGAAUCAGAUGCUGCUGUUGAGGCUGUCCCUGAAACAUCUGCUGAAAACACAGGUACAGAUGACCUGGCAACUGAGUCGCCAGUUAUGAAAGGUGCUUCGGAUAUCAAUGUGGAAAAUACUAAGUUGGCGGAACUUCCGGAAGAUCAACCGUGUUCCUCAAACUCUUGUGCAGUACCAUACGAAGCGAACAUUGCUGGCGAGAAUGGCAUCGAGUUGUUGCAGUUUUCAGCCAACCAGUUAGAUGACGAACAUGUAUCCUCUGUUGCUAAUGGCCUUGAACCGCUAUUGUAUGAUCCAAAUGUUACUCUUGUCGAAAAUACAAACGUAGUGUCUAUAGGAGAGGCAACCAGUCCUUCAGAGUCAGGAGGAGUAACGUCUUCGGCAUUAGUGACUAUGCAACCGUCUUCGCAGCAGCAAUCUAAUGAAGACGAGGAAGAAAACAAUGGAUUUGGCCAAACUCAGUUCGAAUACCUUCAACAGGUGUUCAUGGCUCCGACUAAUUCGUCCCAUCUAAUCACCCGCGCUUUUGCGUUUUUCACCGCAAUGAUGCUAGCACCGAUAGUCCCGGUUCUGCCCCGGACCCCUCCGAUUCCAGUGUACAUCCCGCCUCUCUCGAGUCGCAAAAAUACUCGAAGAGUGCAAGGGGUGCGAAAGCCGAGUAGUCCUGGUAAAAGUGGUCAGUACAGUCAGCAAAUGGACAUUGUUUUGAGGAAGUACAGCAGGAAAUGUAAGAAACCACCUGAAGAUGACUGUGCUAUUUGCAUGAUGCCCUUGAACGAGUUCUCCAGUUUUGUCGUCAAUGAAAACUUCACAGGAAAUGUGCAAGCGGAGAGUCAAAUCUACCAGCUGAAAGAGUGCAUGCACACCUUCCACAAGACAUGUGUGGAGGAACUUUACAAGAACGGGAACAGAGACGGAUCCCUGCAAUGUCCAACAUGCAAACACGUGUACGGAGUGCUCUGCGGAACCCAGCCGCCGGGCAAUAUGCACUUCCACGUCAUCCCCUUCUCACUCCCGGGGUAUCCGGAGUGUGAGACGAUCCAGAUCAUCUACAAUAUCCCUGCUGGAAUACAAGGGCUGGAGCACCCGAGUGCCGGCCAAGAGUACACUGCCCGCGGAUUCCCCCGCAAGUGCUACCUGCCUCACAACGAACAGGGUAUCCGAGUGCUCAAACUGCUCGUCAUUGCGUGGGAGAGACGCCUCAUAUUCACUAUCGGUCGCAGUGCAACAUCAGGCGAAGACAAUACGGUCAUUUGGAACGACAUCCACCACAAGACUGAGUUUGGAUCAAACACCACAGGACACGGAUUCCCUGACCCUUGCUACUUCUCAAACGUUCUCUCAGAACUGCACGCCAAGAACAUCACGGAGAGUUUACUGGAUCAACACACGUCACCAGCAGAACUGUCGUCGACAAUGCCUCGUCGUACGAGCGAAGAAGUGACGAACAUUAAUUCAGUGGUAUCCCAGUCUCAUCCGACAACUAGCAGUAACUUUUUCACUGAAGGAUCAGGAGGCAAUGAAAUCACGACAACGACUUGUGUGUUAGACAUAUUGAUAGCAUCGACAAGUGAUGUUUGUCGUUCCGAAAACUCGGAAAGAGUAGGAAAAGACGCCCAAAAUGUUUCAGCCAUAGCACCACAGACGUCGCAUGAUCAGAUGCAAUGCAAGAAUCCUGAAGUUUUGCAAUUGACGUUGUCACCAGGAGCAAACAGCGACGUCUUAACAGCAGAAGAGAGUGAGCUGAAAUGUGACAAUCUUACACUGUAUGCUUCAGAACACGAAAACUCCGCGCUUAUUUCUCAGAUUGAACAAACUUGAGAAAAUUAGAAAUUUGAUGUUUUAUACUUUGCAUCUGAUUCCCUUUAAGUGUUCUAUGUUCCCUAAAGCAGAUUAGUAUUUCUAACUUAAUGUUGACUGACGUUUUGUUUUUAUUCAUUGCUCACGUCUUUUUUCAACUUGAAUAGUUUUCCUAAACGCCAGUUUUAUAAAUUAAUUUCCAAGUGUAUGCAAACUAUGAUGCUCGAAAUGAAGUUCAGGAAGUUGCCAAAUUUGAGCGUAUGUUGCUUUUUAAAGUAUGACAAUUUAGCUCCUUUUGCAAAUCUAACGAAGAAAUUUCAAUCAUGCUUAAUUGCAUUAUUUAACCAGUGAACUAGUUGGAAAAUACUCGUUGUCAUUUCCGAGAUAAUAUAAUCAUUUAUAUUUAUUUUGGAUGGUUCAUACAUUGUUCUAUAACCAAAUGGCUAAACUAUCGAAGAGUGGAAUGAACAACAAUAACUGCACAGUCGAUUCGGCUUAAAGUAUUUUUCUUGAUGCUUGUAGUGUAAAUUAGAAAAACUAUGAAUUAGUUUAGAUGAGUCUUUUCGAUGUUACAACUGGUAUGUAUCUAAAUGUGACAACUAAUAAAUUUUAGAUUAA